CAAAAACACUCCUUCUCCCACUAUGCUAGAAUUUCAGUCUUCAUUCUUCAUUCGUUGACCAAUCGACCGAACUUUGACACCACCUUUAUGGGCACUCAUAAGCUAAUUCUGUGUUAACAAAGUAAUAUUAUUUAUUCGUCUUACAUCUCCAGAAUGGAGAAAAUUUUCUUCAUCAUUCCUAUUUUAUUGAUUGCAACGGGAUGGCUUGUAUUUCUCACAACCCUUGCGCCGCAAGUUACCUUGGAAAAAGAGACUCGUCUUCAGUUCCCGAGUAAUCUCCAAGAGUUGCAAGAUCUUGCUCGAUUGAUGUCUGCGUAUUACGCGAAAAAUUGGUUCUACGUCCUCAUCUUGUUUGGCAGCGCUUACCUCUACAAGCAGUCCUUCAUGAUCCCUGGCUCUGUUCUUUUGAAUGUCCUUGGAGGUGCUCUCUUCGAUUUAAAAAUAGCUUUUCCACUCGUGUGCACACUGACUGGACUGGGCGCCUCGUUCUGCUUUCUGCUAGCCAGAUAUUUUGGGAAGGAUUUCAUUCAGAACAAAUUCCCAAACAAGAUCAUGUGGCUGCAGCAACAGGUUGAGCAAAACAAGGAACGACUCCCCUACUAUUUGCUUUUCUUAAGACUGUUUCCCAUGAGCCCCAACUGGCUAAUCAAUGUACUAAGUCCCUUAGCUGGAAUUCCGCUGCCCCUUUUCGCUCUCACCGCUACGAUAGGUUUGAUGCCAUACAACUAUGUCUGUGUUCACUCUGGGAAGAUGUUGGCCAGUCUCAAGUCCCUGGAUGACUUGUUCAGCUUUUCCACCCUGAUGCAAAUGGCCGUUAUAGCCAUUGUCGCCCUUGGGCCAAGCAUGCUGAUCAAAAAGACCAGCUUUGCAGAACAAGCACAGCGUCAGAAAGCAGAUUGAUUCAUUCUUUCUUUUUUAAGACUGUGGUAAGCUAUUUUUAAUUUUGUAAGUGUCAAUGUUUGAUAUUUAUAAAGCACGUUGAUGUUCA